AUGUUUAGAGAGUGUGAGGCUGGCUAUAGACAGCACAGCGGUGGCAACGCAAUAAUGAAAGGUUGCGCCAACUGGACGACUCGGGGAAGAAACGUGAGGGUAGCAGAGUGCAUUUUGUUGGAAGCUUUAAUAGUCUGCGUGUCAUAUGGAACUUUCGAAGUCCGUAUGGGAGCGUCGCAACGGCCGGCCCUUGAAAGUGUUCUGCACAGAACCCUCAUGGCCGCUAUCCAAGCAUUCGAGGGCAAGCCAAAGUUCGCUUGUGCACAAUGCUCAACUACAGUCGUACGCUCAGAAUAUUCUGCGCAUUUUUGGGAGACUUUGUCUGAUCCCGUGGACGCGAAGGCCGAGCCCACAAACUCCACCUGCUCCUUUGACCGUCGCUUUUCCGGUUCGAUCAGGGACACUGAUUCAACGAUAAAUACAAUCCCAGCUUGCUACACAGCGCUUUUCUCCAUCCCACGCUCUUAUCCACCUAUUUUGGUAUGCAGGUUGCCGACAUGUUUUGCGUCGGGUGUUCCGCUCGACUCGGUUGGACGUACCUUCGCGCCCACGAAACGUCACAGAAGUACAAAGAAGGAAAAUAUCUCUUUGAACGGGAGCGCAUAUUCAAAGACAAUGCUUGGGAAUUGGAAGAUCACGAUUAACCCCUCCGAUAUCGGUCGCUGGGUCGCGGUACCAUCAAUCACUAGAAACGAAACUCCCACCUUAGCGAUCAUGAAAGUCGAAGAGAAGGAACGGAAAGAAACUUGUGAUU